AGUAUUACAAGCACAAUUUCUUGUUAAAACAUUUGAAGUUUUUUGCAGUUAUACCUCAAAAUUUACAAUAGUUUUGUUUAAAAUAAGGCAAAUUAACAUAUUACAGUUAAAAAAUGAUUGUUUCUCCGGAGAGUACACCACAAAGUGACGAAGAAAGCACUAGCCGUAGAGGAACGAAAAGAAAAUUUAAUGAUACCAGAACUGAUUGUGUAACUCGCAGUAUUAAUCUAAUUCGUUUCUGCAAUGAAACUGGUGAAAACGUACAUCUAAAAUUAUUAGAGAAAACUAGCGCACGCUCUGUUACGAGUGAACUUAGUUGCAGUUUUAGAAAUAGUGUUAAAUGUACUUUUGGAAUUUCUCACAGAGGAAGAAGCGCCUUUUAUACUUACUAUUAUGACGAUGCAAUGAAAUAUAGAAGUACAUGUCCAGUUUCGAAACGUGCUGAAAGAGGUAAUGCUUUAUGGAUUCCAGAUAUACAUGAAAAUCUUCCUGAGUAUCUUUUGGCUGCUAGUGAUAAUUUAUGUAUAUAUGAAAAUAUCGAUUCCAGUUUAAUUCUCAGAGGAUAUUUUGGAAACAUUCGUCGAAAUAAUCCAAUAAUAUCCUGUGGAUGGUGGAGUCAAGAUCCUCAGUAUGUAUGCAGUGUGCAGUUAAAUGGUUCCUGUGUUAUAUGGUCACUAGAUAGAAAAGAUGAAGUUAUUACAUUCAACAUACAAGAUUUUCAUAAUCCAAAUUGGAAUAUCGUUGACACGAACGUAGGAAUGUGUUUUUUUCAAGGUAGUUCGAACCAUUCAUUUGUGACAUAUAAUGACAAGACAGUAAAUUUUCUAAAUGACAUAAGAUGUCCUGAAAAUUCUUACGUAUACAAUUUCGAGAACCCGAUUUUUAGUGUCAAAAGUUCACUUCGUAGUCCUUGGCUUGUUGCAUGUGCCGAAAGAAAAAAUAUUUCAAUUAUAGACGUUAGAUUUCCGAAUCAAGCAUGUUUGUCAAUGUUUUCCUUUGAUCCGUCUAAUAAUGCAACUUGCUUUUCAUGGUCAAUGCACGGCGAUAUUGCAAUUGGAACUGAACAAGGAAAAUUCAUAUUUUGGAGUCCAGAAAAGAAUGAAAUUCAAAAAGUCUACGACGUCAAUUUCAGAUAUAUAUACUCUCUAGAAUAUCAUCGUAAGGCAAGAGACGUUUUGUUUGUUUGCCAUUAAUGUGUCUAAUACCUGUUCUAUUCUAAAAUGUAACUGUAAUUUCAUAUUCUUGCAUAAUGUUUAAAACAUUUUACUAGAAAAUUAUUUUUUAUUGACGUUAUCAUUACCUUUUAUAUAUAUUUUAACUUUGUAAAAUCUUUAUAUAUUUCAUAAUCAUGUAUGAGCAUAACUUUUUGAUACACCUCUAUGUAAAGAAAAACUAUUAAGGAUUUUAAUCAAAAUUUAUACAGAAAUAUUAUCACAUAUAUUUGUUUUCAAAUGAUA